AAACGUCAUAUCCCGGAAGUGCUGCUGCUUCACCUGUGUCGCUAACAGACACGGAACUGCUUAGCUUCCACACUAAAUUCUUCCUCUCUUAACCCUAAAAACUAUACAGGUUCGCGUCCCUUUAUGACACUGGACUUUCUCCACAUAUUAGGUGAUCGGCAUGUUGCCAGUGGUGGUGGUCCACGGAGGGGCGGGUCAAAUCCCGAAGCAGCGCACUGAACAGUCCACACUAGGCGUGUGUACCGCAGUGCGAGCAGCCUACACCAUCCUGCGGGGAGGAGGCAGCAGCAUGGAUGCUGUGGUGGAGGCUGUGACACAGAUGGAGGAUAAUCCUUCAUUCAAUGCAGGGCACGGGUCUGUGUUGAACGCUAAAGGGGGGGUGGAAAUGGACGCCAUCGUGAUGGAGGGUAAAACACUGGGAAGCGGCGCAGUGUCUGCUGUGCGCAACAUUGCCAACCCUGUUCAGCUAGCAAGACUGGUUAUGGACAAGACCAGCCAUGCGUGUCUGACAGCAGAGGGCGCCAGUCAGUUUGCCCGGGCCAUGGGUGUCCCCGAGGUCCCCGAAGAGUCCCUCAUCACGGAGUAUUCACGCAUGCGCUGGACAAAGAACUUGGCCCCAGAAGCUAACCCUGUGGAGUGCCAAAUGGGAAAGAUGGGAACCGUCGGAGCCGUGGCGGUCGACAGCGAGGGCAACAUUGCCUGUGCGACCUCUACUGGUGGAAUGCUGAACAAGAUGGAGGGACGAGUCGGCGACACCCCCUGCAUAGGUAGUGGAGGUUACGCUGACAACAAUGUGGGCGCAGUGUCGACUACAGGCCACGGAGAGGCCAUCAUGAAAGUCACUCUGGCGAGACUCAUCCUCUUCCACAUGGAGCAAGGUCACUCUGUAGAGGCAGCCAGUGAUUUGGGUCUGGCCUAUAUGAAGUCCAGAGUGGCUGCGCUGGGCGGGGUGGUGACCGUGGACCCUCGGGGCCACUGGGCCGCCCGGUUCUCCAGCCGGCAAAUGUCUUGGGCCGCAGCCCAGAAAGACACGCUGCACUAUGGUCUUUACACGGGGGAACAUUUCACACAGAGCAUCGAUCAUCCGCACUGAUAAAUAUAUAUAUAUCUAUAUAUAUAUAUAUAUAUAUAUAUAUAUA